CUUGUGUAACCAAAAUUAUUCAUCGAUUGAGGGAAGUACUGCGUAUAUUUUGACACUUUUGCCAUUGACAGUGAAGUGAAGAGUUUAUUUGUUGCAAGUUUUCCAACAAUUAGGUAACCAUGCAGGGAAUGUCACUUCAGAGCCUCAAAAAGCACAAAGCUUUGAUCCCUCUGUAUGUGUGCGUCGGCUUGGGCUGCCUGGGGGCUAUUGGGUACACUGCCCGACUUGCCCUCCGCAACCCCGACGUCCAGUGGAACCGCAGCGGUGAUAUCUCCAACGAGGAAUUUAGAAACAAGCAAUAUAAGUUCUACUCCCCCAACAUUGAUUACUCCAAACUGGAGUCGCCCGCGCCCAAAUACUAGAGGAUUGAAUGGAAAUAGUCGUGUUAGAUCAAUGUGAUUUUAAUUUCAAAUAAAUUAUUGUUAAUA